AUGAACAUAAAAUAUAGGCGUAAAUGGUUGACAGGCCCAAAACGGGGCCGCAUCCACGGACAGUCCGGCAUGAGAGUGCUCAUAAUUACCUUAUUUGCCCAAAUCGCCGGCGGAAAGCAGUCGGUCUGCAGCACUUUGGUGGAUCCGGUUCCUCAAAUGCCUCCAAAAUGUGUGAGAAACUCUGUCCGUCAGAUAAGUCUCAUUCGCCUGGAUUGUGUGACUCUUCUCCCCGUCUCCAGUGCCCGCCUCCUCCCACCUCACCCUCCUCCACAGUCUUGCCACCCAGUCUCCGCGGUCGUCUUCCCACUCGGCCGAGCCGUACGGUUUUGCGCUGCCCACGGCCUCUUGAGUCCAGUUUUGGGUAAACAAACAACAAACAAAGAAGUUCUUAAUGAUGCAGGCGAGCGGGAAGUAGACGGUCGGCCUAAUAACUGUGCCACGGAUAGCAUUUAA